AUGGCGGCAGCCUCGUUCCGGGUCUGCCUGGAGAGGUGCAGGCUAAUUGUCGUGCGGUUACUCACCGUUGGAGCCGCCUCGCAGACUCCUAGAAGAACGCGAAUCGGUAAACACCCAAUAACAAAUACAAGAAAUGUUCAAGCUGAGUUUGUUGCUCUAAGAUGUGCGAAGGAGCGAUUUCGGAAGGCGAAACAAUGCUGUGAGACGAUAGAUGGGAUACUUACGAUUUGCGACCAGGAUUUGGCACAUGCUUCUACUUUUUUAAAUGAGACUUUAAUCAGUACCAUCACCGCCGAAACCGUUCUGAUUUACACAACAAAGCAAUUUGAGCAUCAUUUUGAAGAGGCGUCAUCAGCAAAACCCCACUUGAUGUCAAUUACUGAUAUUGUAGAGGAGUUAAAAAGCACACACGAAUUUGCUUUGAUCGUUCUUAAUUGUCAUACGCUAACAUCGGUGGUUGAGGUGCUUAAAGAUGCGAAACUGCCAAGCGCAGGAAUACUUGUUGUCGAAGAUAACGAUACAUUUAAAAAUAUUUCCGAAGUUAAAUUAUUGUCGACUCAUCCAGACACAAUCGUCAAAGAUGCUGAUAUUUUACUGGAGCGUUGCGCACUGGCCUUAUUGAAAAUUCUUCACUCAAAAUUGCUAGGGUCUGAAAAAACUUUUUCCGAGCAGAAGAGGAUGUGCUUUCUUGACAUUGACGACCUUAUUACGACGCUCUUUCAAAAUAGCGCCAUUCCACGGACGGACCGGUUGGAAACGAUUAAAUAUCCAGAUAAUAAUAUUGAUGAGGCCAUAGAAGAACUUGUCUGCCUUCCAGCGAUUAUCGGUUGUUUGAAAAAACGUGGCACUCUGCAAAUAUACGUCAGUCAAUCAACAAAUGAAAGCGACCAAGACAAUAUUCGACGCGAGUUAGAGGAUCAUGAUAUCGACAAAUUCAAUUUCGUGUAUGUCAAAUCGAAACAUUUGUUUGCCUCUGGUGAUUCUAUUUUUGGCGGCCGCGGUACGCUUGGGGGCUUUGUAAAGAAACUGGAUUUACCGACUGUCGACAUCCACGCCGAAAGAGCUGAUGCAGGUCGCGACUCUACAGUAGCAGCUCUUAUUUCUCGCCACGUCGUUCAAGAAACAAAUGAGGAAAUGCUCACAGUGGGUACCAACCAGACACCUAUUGGGCGUAUUGGUACGCUGAAUGAAAGCCAUGCCGUUGAUAUUUUGCCAGUGGAUGUCGAUGCCGUCUAUGCAAGUGAAUGUGAUCCACGUUUCCUAACAGAGCUACAUGUACAGAUGUUUUCCAGACUGAAAACAAGUGCAGCCAUUCACGAAUUGAAUGGCAAACCGGUGCACAUAUGGAGCGCAGGGUCUAAACCAGGUUUUGGUUUAAUAGUGGAGCAAGAUUUCAGAACUUCAAAUGGUCUCAGAGUUAUCAUUCGUGAUCGCCGUAGAGGCACACGUUUUGCAAGAGAAGGCGACAGCGGAGCUAUGAUUUGUUACGAUCAUCCCGUUAGUGAAGAAUUGUAUGCCGUCGCCAUGCUGGUCUCAGAUGUUCAGCCUGAACAAGGCGGUGGCGUUCGAUACACGGCUCAAAUAUUGGACGAUGGCCUUCAGAAACUUUCCGUGAUUAAUGAUUGCAAGUUUGUACUUUUUGAGGAUAACGAUGACUAA